UGUCUGCGGUGAAUACACUAGACUGUGUCUAAAGGAACACUGACGAGCUCAGCCUGGAGAGUCAGUCUCUCAAUCACAUUCGAGUUACCUGAACUUAGAUGCUGAUAAACGAGGAACAGGAAAUAAACGCACGUGCCAUUAUGGAGUCGAGUACUGGAUUUAUGUACAUCACAGUCGAGUAACACAGAAUAGGUGACAUACGUAACAUAAAAUUUAUCAUCCAGCGAGGGCUUAAGAAAUAGUCGUGAAUAAACAAGGACUGAGAUUACAGAGAAAUUAAGUACAUCAUGUGAUGUAAUCUCAUUACCCUUAAUAUGUACAUCGUCGAUAAUAUCCGGUCAUUAAUCCUGAUAACUAAGUACAUAGGUUAAAUAAAGUCUGGCCGUAUCAGCCGGUAACAGUAAAUCUGUUAUUAGUUCCAGAUAGAACUAUUACCAUCGGUGGCAAUAAAGGAUGUUAGUUUGACUAAAGUGCUACUUGGGACUAAGUUUGUUAUCCAAUAAUGUACAUGAGGAACAUAAACAAUCAAUGGGUAGUUUUGAUUUGGUAGCAUUACCCAUGCAUCUUAAAACACCGAGAAACGAUAAGACGACAACAGAGAAAACCCACAUUACACAUGUAAACAACCAACUCUAAACUCGCUCACGUCCAAUAUCCAAUGUCUUUGUCACAACGUGUGCAAACCAAUUGGUUUCUUUGCGUUCUCUUCUUGUUGUUUUGUUUCAGCUCCAGGUCAUUGAUAUUGUCCAAUUGGUGGUAGUCUAGCCACUUGGCUGCACUAAUUCUAGUCAGUUUGGUAGUCGUUUGUGUAUCAUGUAGUUCGAUCGAGUGCGUUCGUCUCAAGGCAGUAGGGUCUUGGGAUCCAACAGCUAUUGCACUGCCAGGUAGGGGGUCGGUUGGUUGCUGUGUGGAAAACAGUAAAGAGAAAAAUUCCAGUGCUAAGAGAGGUUGGUUGUGUCAAAAGGUAAAUAAAUAAAUUAAUAGUUCAAACAGUAUGAAGAGGUCGAAAUGUACGAAUAAAAGGGGAAACGGUGAUGAUAAGAAACGAGGUUGAAAUAAGCUGAAGUGAUGGUGGCAGUAGUAGGUAGAUUACAAAAUAUGCAUCAGACACAUUCCAAGUGGGAGAUGGCAUCCCAUGGGUGAGUACAUGUUUGUCAAGCCUUCACUUGAAGCCGUCCACUGAGAUCUGUGGGCACUCCUGCCGGCAGAACAUACCAAACGGGGCAAAUCUUAGUAAGUAAAAGUGGAGGCUUGACAAACAUGUACUCACCCAUGGGAUGCCAUCUCCCACUUGGAAUGUGUCUGAUGCAUAUUUUGUAAUCUACCUACUACUGCCACCAUCACUUCAGCUUAUUUCAACCUCGUUUCUUAUCAUCACCGUUUCCCCUUUUAUUCGUACAUUUCGACCUCUUCAUACUGUUUGAACUAUUAAUUUAUUUAUUUACCUUUUGACACAACCAACCUCUCUUAGCACUGGAAUUUUUCUCUUUACUGUUUUCCACACAGCAACCAACCGACCCCCUACCUGGUAGUGCAAUAGCUGUUGGAUCCCAAGACCCUACUGCCUUGAGACGAACGCACUCGAUCGAACUACAUGAUACACAAACGACUACCAAACUGACUAGAAUUAGUGCAGCCAAGUGGCUAGACUACCACCAAUUGGACAAUAUCAAUGACCUGGAGCUGAAACAAAACAACAAGAAGAGAACGCAAAGAAACCAAUUGGUUUGCACACGUUGUGAUAAAGACAUUGGAUAUUGGACGUGAGCGAGUUUAGAGUUGGUUGUUUACAUGUGUAAUAAAUCAUGUAUAAACUUGAUCGUUUAAUACCAAGUUCAAUUAAUUUUGUACAUACGGAUACAAUGUAUAAAGUGGAAAAUUUUUACCAUCUUGGUAAAGAAAAUAAUUCAUCUUCUUGUAUUGAAAUGUCAAGUGAAUUUAUUUCCAAUGAAUUGAAUGAACGUGAUAAAAGUCUUCUUAAAGAGCUUGGCGAAUUGGACGAUAAUAUAUCAUUUCUUUUAAACAUGUUUAAAAGUUAUCAUCCGAAAAAUAAGGUCAAUGUUUGUGAUGCUCAAAAUGCAUCAAAAUCUGACUUUAUUUCUGAGCUUCGUCAGUUAACAUAUCAUAUUUCAAAUCUUUCAAAUCAUUAUAAAACAAAUCUUGUUAAAGAUGUACAACACGACAACAUUUACAAAGAACUAAGUAAAUUAGACUUAGAGUUAGACGAUAUUUUUAGUAUGUUUACAAAUUAUUGUCAUCUUCAACAUAUCAAUAGCACAAUGACAAACAGUACUCCAACACCUUCAAAUAAAUCUGUUACUGUUCCUAAAGAACCUUUCACGCUUAUUAUUCAGUGUAAUCCAAAUAGUUCUCCAUUAUCGGUAUUAUUGUUUUGUCACAUACUACUUAGUAACCAACAUAAAGUAACAAUUAACUCAUUUGUACAUUCAACAGUAAAAGAACUUCCUACAUCACUUAAAAAGCUAAUGGAAAUCCUUUCAAUUGAUAUGCAUGGUUCUUCAAGUAAUAACACAUGUUACUGGCAAAUUGACACAAAACUGUGUCUACAUUUUAUAUGGAACUCAAGCUGUCCUGAUAUUACUGUUUCAUCCCUUGAUAAAUCUAUUACACCAACAACGUUGUAUGGAGAAUGUAUGCUUGUACAAUUGAUUGGGAAAAUUCUAGAACCUCACAAUUUCGACCAACUCUCAUCACUUAUUAUUACUAUAGACUCAAGUUUACUAUUACACGGAUUAUCGAUACGUAACGCUUCCCUAGAUGUAAAACAAAAGUCAUUAAAUAUUUUAAAUAACCACCCAUAUUUUGUGAAGUUCAAUCGUGAACUGCCAUCAAUCGUUGAUUGUUAUCUAUUUGUUUGUAUUAAGGAAUUGAAACUGUCGGAUGUAUUGCCAGCUAAUCUGAAAUCAUGGUUGCAGUUUUGUUGUAAAUGGAAAAGCUUUAAUUUGUUACCACUUUAAGUUUUUCUUUGUCGCCUAAAUUUGAUAAGUAUAUUUACUGGUGUAUAAAAAAUCUUAUUUUGCUAUGAUUUUUAGGUUGAGAAAAGGCGUUCAUGAGAACUACUUUCGUAACGUUAUGUUUGAGUACUACCUAUUAAUUCAGUGGUUCCAAAUGUUUGUCUUAGUUGGACUACUUACUAGUAUACCUUGUCUAGAUCAAAUGAUAAUAAUCAACAUCCCAGUUUUUUAUCAUUGUACUUUGAAUAUUAAUGAUCUCUGCAAAGUAAGGUACUAAUUCAAGAUGUUUCAGAAUUUAACUAGUUAUUUCACUCACCAUCUUUGCCACUCUGGAUUUCUUUUAGAUUCUUUAUCAUAUAUGCAAACAGAAUGGUCUGAUUAGUAUGGCGUUAAAUCUACCUAGUUUUCUUUACAAAAGAUAGUUUUCUAUCAUU